GCGCCACUGGGCUUCCGGGAAGCGGUCCCGGAACAGCGAUGCCAGGAGCCCUUCAUCCUCCACCUCUCCGAGAGCCGCCGCCGUGGCCGUGGCUGACGAUGAGCUAAUCGCCGUCGCCGCCAUCUUCCCCGCAGCCACGUCACUUCCCCUCCUAACCACCGAGAGCGCAAACUCAAUUUAGGACAGGAAGUAACAGGCACAUUUCCGGUCUUUAUGUUUUCUCAUCCGGCCGGCUUGCUUUCCCCGGCGGAGGUCCAGGCUACCGGGCACUAGCGAGAGGAAGGCUUGGUUCAGGGCUAGAGAGGCAGGCUUUGGGGUUGCCUGGGAGCUGCGGGGCAGCGAGUUCCGUUUCCGGUUACCGAGGCACGAGGAUCUGGUGUUCUAACCCAGUGGGAAAAUGCGGCCUUUGACUGAAGAGGAGACCCGUGUCAUGUUUGAAAAGAUCGCAAAAUACAUCGGGGAGAAUCUUCAGCUGCUGGUUGACCGGCCCGAUGGCACCUACUGUUUCCGGCUGCACAACGACCGGGUGUACUAUGUAAGUGAGAAGAUUAUGAAGCUGGCCGCCAAUAUCUCUGGGGACAAGCUGGUGUCUCUGGGGACCUGCUUCGGAAAAUUCACUAAGACCCACAAGUUUCGGUUGCACGUCACAGCCCUGGAUUACCUUGCACCUUAUGCCAAGGGUUUUGGGGUGGCAGCAAAAUCUACACAAGACUGCAGAAAAGUAGACCCCAUGGCAAUUGUGGUGUUUCAUCAAGCAGACAUUGGGGAAUAUGUGCGGCAUGAAGAGACACUGACUUAAAAGGAACUCAUUGCAAGGACAGACGGCUGUGUGGAAGGGCCGAGCUUUGUUUCCUGUGCUUGUGUAGACUCUGUCAUCAUGUUGAACUUUGUCAUCACUCUGACCUCUUCAGGGACUUCUUAGUUUACUGUAUUCUCUAUCACUGACAAAUGCAGGCUGGAAUCAUACUAUAUACUGAGAUGGCUCAAAAAUGGAGUUUCAGAUCUUUGUAUUUGUGACAACAUAGAAUACUCUUUCAUAUUCAAAUCAGAGGGCUUCUUGUUCUGAGAAAUAGGUUGAAAAUCUUUGGAACUAGGAACAAGAAUAGCUUAUUGUUAUCUGCGAUAACACUUUGUUUUCUAAACUCAUGAUAAGAACACAUGGAUUUUCUUUUUCAUUACUAUGAAAGAUAGACAUUGCCAUAUCAGAACAGUAGGCCACCUGUGGGGUAUAACAAAUGAAAUUUGGCUAAAAUAAUAGGAGCAAUUUGUUCAGCUGUUUUUCUAUACACUAAGUGCUGUGCAGUAUGGAAGAAAAAUGGGUUCAAAUCCCAGUUCUGCUACCUACCAGCUUUAUGGCCUUGAAUGAGUCAUUCAGCUUUUCUUUUUAAUUUAUUUUUUUCAUUAAUUUUUUUUUAAGAU